AAACCGGCGUUUGCUUAGAGAGAAUUUCUGCUUAUAAUCUCUUUUUCGGAUUUUCCAUUUCGGAAGAAAUUUUCUUUCUUCAAUUUUCUGUUUGAAUAUGAUGAUAAUCUGUAGGGUUUCAUCUCGAGAUUUUGAUUCUAUUUGAUUCAUCGUUUCAAUUUUUUGUUGGAUUGUUGAAACUCUGUUUUUUCCGGGAAAUUACGACGCCAUGGGAAAGCUUUCAUUCAAGGAUUCGCUUAAAGCGCUUGAAGCCGAUGUUCAACAUGCCAAUACUCUUGCUUUAGACUGUCCAAGAGAGAGUGAUGGAGCUUGUGUUCAAAUGAGAUUAUCAUACAGCCCUGCUGCUCCCUUUUUCCUUUUUCUUGUUCAAUGGACUGAUUGUUACCUUGCUGGUGCAUUGGGGCUGUUAAGAAUCCUUAUCUAUGUGACUUAUCCAGAUGGAAAGACCACCAUGUCCAUUUACGAGCGAAAAGCAAGCAUUAGAGAAUUUUAUGUGGUAAUCUUUCCUUCUCUUCUGCAACUUCAAAAAGGCAUCACAGAAUUGGAAGAUAGAAAGCAAAAAGAAGUCUGCAAUGCCAGGUACAACAGAAGGGAUGAAUUUGGAAGGGGGAAACUGUCCGAAAUCGACAUAGAAAGAGAGAAGGAGUGUGGAAUUUGUAUGGAGUUUAACGGCAUGGUUGUUUUGCCCAACUGCAACCAUUCUUUGUGCUUGAAAUGUUAUCAAGACUGGCGCGGUCGUUCUCAGUCGUGUCCCUUCUGUCGGGAUAGCCUCAAGAGAGUCAACUCCAGCGACCUUUGGAUCUUCACAGACAAGAGUGAAAUGAUUGAUCUAACUUCGAUUUUGCAGGACAACCGGAAGAGACUAUUUGCAUACAUUGAUAAGUUGCCAUUGGUUGUUCCUGAUCCAGUGUUUCUUCCUAUUGAUUCUCAUAUUAGGUGAGAGAAUGGUGGACAAAGUUUUUUCAAUCUGUGAGUAUUAAUUAGUUCUUAUCCCAUGAAAUGUGUGAGUAUUAGGUGAACUUUCUGUAUAUAUAAUUAUAGUUUGAUGAGAUGAGUUAGGAAAUGUAAAUAAGGGUUCUCUGGCUAAUGCUAGGAUGUUGCUAAUUUUCAGUUUCUUAGCUUAUCAAAGUGAAUGAUUUUGGUUCACUCAAUUGUCACAUUUCACCCUCCCCAAUCAAUCAAUGCAAAUCUUUAUUGAAAUA